CGUAUUCCAUUGAAGAACAAUAUCUUAUCAACGACCGCUUGAUAAAUGUAAAUAUUUCAGCUAAGUCGUUUAUAUACUAAAACUAAAUUGUAAAAUAAUAUAAAAUUUCCAUUGCACUGGGUUGACUCCGUAAAGUGUUUAUAGAUUUUCAUUACAGAAACCCCCUUUUCGAAAAUGGACUCGUCUUUGACGUGUCGUUCAAAAAAUAAGACACCUGACCACCUUUAAUUCGACUUACUCGUACAGUUUUUACGCUUUUCGGUGUUUGAACUUGAGCUUUGGUUCCUCCGGUAGGUUGCAAGUAAAAAUUCAAAAUGGAUCAGUUUCUUUCGACGUCGCGUGGUUUGGGGAUCUAUUUUAAAUAACAGCCUCGGGUUUGAUUCCAGUGAUUUGAGAGCCUGCUGAAGCUCAGAUCAACUGUAGCCCAGCAUCCUAACACCGCCCAUCAUCUGUGCUCCAGAGUCUUGAUUCCUUCUACCUGCCCCCCCCCCCCCAAUUGCUUGGCUCUGUUGCCUCUCCCUGCUGGAUCCUGUGUGUACUGUUGGCUAUGGUCAAGCGAUGGGCGUUGGCCGGAGGUGUGGCUGUUGUGGGCGUGGCAAAUCGGUGGGGGCGUGGCUCUGUGCGAUGCUGCUGCUGUGGCUGUGCAGGCAGGUCGCCCCCCAGUGCCCAGAGAGCUGCCACUGUGCCUGGGAAAGUGGAACAGUUCUAUGCAGUGACGCAGGGCUGCGCGAGGUCCCCCAGGGGCUCCCCGCGGACACCGUCUCCCUCCACCUGGAGAGGAACUUCAUCCGUACGAUUCCCGAGAGCGCCUUCAGCGACCUGCCCAACCUGCAGGACCUCUACCUCUCCCACAACCGCAUCGAGUCGCUCUCGCCGGGUGCCCUGCGCCAUCUAAGCACGGACCUCAAGCUGCUGGACCUCUCUCACAACCUGCUGCGGAGAGUCAGCCGGGAAGAUUUCGGAUCGACCCGGGCCAAGACGCGGCUGUAUCACAACCCCUGGCACUGCGACUGCAAUCUGCAGGAGCUGGUGGAGACGCUGAACCUGGAGCCGGAGACCGUGAAUGGCAUCGUGUGCGAGAGCUCCGCCCGGGUGGGUGGAGAGGGCGGCCGGUGGGAGGAGCUUGGGGGGGCCGGCGAGCACGUGGGACAGCCGCUGGUGAAACUGCUGGACGCGGGGGUCAAUUUCUGUAGCCUUCAGCGCAAGACCACCGACGUGGCUAUGCUAGUGACCAUGUUCGCCUGGUUCUUCAUGGUCAUCGUCUAUGUGGUCUACUAUGUACGGCAGAACCAGGCGGAGGCCCGUCGUCAUCUCGAGUACCUGAAGAGUUUGCCCAGCCCACGCAAAACGCCCGUAGAAACGGAUACCCUUAGCACGGGUAUCUGAGUUAGCCGCUUACUUUACUUACCACACGCACUCAUCUCAGAAUAUUUCCUAUGGACGUUUUUUUUCUGUGUGUCUGACAGCCAGUAGAUUCUCAGCCCCUGUGCGUCUCUGCAAGGACACGAAUUUGUAACGUGAACCGCCACUCGGUUAAAUCUGAAAGGUUGGAUGCGGUCCCCUUCCUCACGAGGAUGCCAGAUGUGGAGCCAAACGGGAUUCCCGGGCCGUGAGAGAGACUGAAACGUGCCGCUCUGUGACUGGUAGCAUUUCUGCGCCCAUUCGGCUUUGAGGAGUGGGAGUGCUGGACUUGCAGGACACAGAAAUGCUGUUAGUGUGUGUUUUUUUUUGUGUGCUGGAACUAGAAAUGACAUGUAAAUCAUUGUAGAUAAUAAUCAGGAUGUAUCUUCCAUAUAUGUGUACAUUUUUCUAUAAGUAGUAAUGUGUUUGAAAAGCUUCAUAUUUUGUAUUUUAAUAUACUUUUCUCCGUUACCCUGAACCUAGUAAGUGACCAUGAAACAUAUCGUAUGAAUGAUUUUUAAAAGAAGAGCCUGAAUUAAGGUAUAAAUGUUUUAAUCAGGUAUAAUUAGUUAUUAUUAAUAAAUGAAAUCGUACCUAAAGAAGGGAGGAUGUUGAGAUUUGUUGGGAGCAGAAAUACUUUGAGGGAAAAUUAGAUCUUUUCAGGAUGUUCUCUCACACUGACACUGCUGUACUUUGUCAUGACUGAUUCUGAAACGUUACCCGGUUUAGGUUUGUGUCCCACGGGUCAAACAUGGCAUGUGAGCGCACCCCUUCCUUUGUCUGUGUCCUAGUUAGUCACGUGACUUCAUCUGAAGGAAACGGCGCGGUAUGCGUACGUCCCACAUGGAAAGGGUUUUUAAGAGCAGCGUAACGCCAGGCUAAUUGCGUAUUGUAAAGUUACAGUGUGGGUUCAGACGAUUUUAAACAGUUUAGCCUGUGUGGCUUGAGUAAGAUUUUACGCUUAUACUGCACAGGAGAGGGAAUUUUGAGCGCCAGGAAUGGUGAUCUUUUUCACAAAGUUAAGAGUACACUCCAUGAUUAUGUAGCUGACUAGAUCGCAUUUUUCAUCUAGUCAGUUUAGUCUUUUUCAGUAUGUUGUUUUUUUUUUUUAUUGUCCGCUGUGGCAUGCACGGGAAUGAUUCAUGACGUUAUGGUAUUAGACUUUGUUGUUGAUCUAGCUAGCCCAGUAUCCUCUCUGUAGAGAGACCACCAUCAACAAAUGGGGGAGGGGGGAAUCAGAACUGAAAAAUGCACUUUGUGUCUUUUUUUAAAUUAAAAGUUUUAUUAGUGUUG